UUAACCAAUCAUCGCAGCCGCGUGGAGCAUCACGGGAACUCUGGGGCUAUAAAAGACCGAGUUGCUAUUUUAUACUCACCGAAUCACUCAUCCUCUAAGUAACCAGGGCGGGGCCGGGUGCGCCUGCGCGGUUUUAAAACCCCGCCCCAAACUGCCAACACUUCGCGCAAGCAAAGUAGAUCUUCCUUGCUUCAUACUACGCGUGCGCACUGACAGGCCUCACCCCGGAAGACCAUACGCUUGCGCAGUGAGGACUAAGGUGACAGUAAACCCGGUGGGGCGCUGGCCAGUCAUGGCGGAACCUUGGUCUGGGCAGUUUCUACAAGCUCUUCCCGCUACGGUGCUCGGAGCUCUGGGUACCCUGGGCAGCGAGUUCCUGCGGGAGUGGGAGACCCAGGACAUGCGAGUGACUCUCUUCAAGCUGCUCUUGCUGUGGUUGGUGUUAAGUCUCCUAGGCAUCCAGCUGGCGUGGGGGUUCUACGGGAACACGGUGACCGGGUUGUAUCACCGUCCAGGUCUGGGUGGCCAGAAUGGAUCCACACCUGAUGGCUCCACAAAUUUCCCUUCAUGGGAAAUGGCAGCAAAUGAACCUCUCAAAACCCACAGAGAAUAAGGGAAGGCAGCAGCAGAAGGGUCUCCAGAGACACCACUGGGUCUGCUGGCUCCUGUGCUGCAUCUUGCUGUGGCCCAGACCCCUUGGACAACUGCGGAGGGCUUGGGGUUGGGGGGCUGGAGUACAACAGUGCUUCCAGGGUGAGCUUCCUUUGCCCUCAGCCUUGCCUCCAGCAGCUACAGGUACUGGGCAGGUGAAGUUUGUCUCUACCCUUGUGUGGUUACCCUAAGGAAAGAGUCUGUCAAGGGUCAGAGCUGAAAAGCAUUUUAGUUGAGGAUGUCAGUCAUUCUUUUUCUUGCCUUGGCUUUUUCCUGACUUCCUCAUCCCCUUGGGAUCUUACAGAAAUUUGUCCUAAGAGGGAUCUCAAGAGAUUGACCAGUUCUGAGAUUUAUAAGGAAAAUCUGUUCUCCCUUAAACCCUGAUUUCCUAUCCUUUGCUUUGUAGGCAAAAAGGCAGCUAAUCUUGGUCUGGACUCGGGCACCAAACAUAUACUUCCCUGGCCCAGGCAGAGGAAGUUUAUCAUUUCCCAACUGACUUACUUUUCUGUUCUUUGAGAGCAGGUUGAGUCCCUGAGAGACUGCUCACUCAGAGCCCUAGUGGUGGCUACCAUCUCCACUGCCUAAGUACCCAUGGGGUUUCUGGUGUGCACCUUGCCCCCUCCCAGGGAGGCACUAAACAGUCAGUUUAAUGAUUUCGUUGUGCCAUUUGGCCUUAUCACUUCUUGUCUUGAGAAGGGCCUAAUCUUGAGGACCCACUAGCAUCAUUUCAGUCCUGAGGAAUAUCACUAAGUGAGCCACAGGCCAGACAGUCCUGGGCCCUUCACAGUGAGUCAAGAGGUUCCAAAGGGUGGGUAGCCAGUUCCCCCAAAAAAUACCACUUCUGGAGAAUACUAUGGUUCCUAAAAAGCAUUUUGGCCCUGGAUCUGUCGCCUUCUCUAAUGGUAGUCCUCCUGUCUCUGCUGGCCCACUAGCUACCUCAGGUGUCCACUCUCUGUUAGAUGUCACAUAGGCAUCUGGCAGCCUUUGCCUACAGAGACUUUGUAGCAGGUAUACUGUAAGUGAAACUGGACUGAGCCCCUCAUGCCCAUGAACAUACCCAGAGAUGUCAUCUAUCUGUAUGGCAGAACGAUGUUCUCCACAGCCCCAUACCCACCCACUGACAUCGCUACAAAGAGUCAAGGUCUCACAUUCUAGCCCAGAAGUGACUGAAGAUGUGGCAUAAUAAACACUGAAAUGCAUGAGCUGUGUGGUUAUUCCAACAGGACAGUGUG